AUGCGUUACUUUGUCUACUACCCUCCAAAGGAUUCCAUGCGACUGAUUGAUGUAACGGAAACUGCUCGUGUCGAAGACAUCCUGACAUUAGUCAAAAAAGAAUUCGAUCUCAAUGCUCAAGACAGUAGUGCCGGUGAAAUUUCCAUUGUUCUCAGCUAUAAUGGCUCAGAUCUCAAACCGAAAUGGUCUUUGGCGGAAUUAAGCAUCCCAUCGGGCUCGAUUAUUCGCUGUUUGUAUCGUGAAAAGAAAGCGGCUGAUCUUUACGUUCACUGUAGUUACAAUAAACAAAUCUAUAAAUUAUUCGAUUCAAACAUAUCAAUCGACACAACUAUUGGGAACAUACGAAAGAUUCUUUCGAACCGAUUAGGCCUACCACUGAGCGUAUUCUGUCUUGAAACAUACGAUGGAAAACAACGUUUAUAUGAUCGUAUGAAAUUAUUUGACUAUGAUUUAAAACCACAUGCUCAUCUCUAUUUGAAAGUUUGGCAAGGUUAUGAUAAAUUGAUCGAUGCUUGUGUAAAAGGUUUUACAGGGCGAUAUGCGCAUGAUGAUCUCUCUCGACAUUAUCAAAUACAGAUUGCUCUACACAUAGCAGCAUUUCAUGGCCAUAUGGAAUUAGCAAAUACAGCUCUGCAGCAAGGCGCUCGCAGUGAUCGACCGGUGGGUGAACAUCCCUCGCGGCAAUGGUCAAGUGAAGCAGCGCAAGAGGCGUUUCCUGAGAUGUUAAAAUGUCCCAUUCAUAUUGCUGUCGAAAGAGGACACGUCAAGCUCGUCGAUCUUUUCGUUCGACAAUCGAUCUUAUGCACACAAAUUCGUGAUCCUAUCACAGAUAGUUUACCUUACAUGAUUGCAUUAGGUUGUUCGUUGCUAGCAACGACUAAACAAGACAAGCAACGCUAUCGUGUUAUUUAUUACUAUCUCUACGAUAAACAAUACAAUAUGAAGAUCCCAUUGAAUUCAACAGCUGAAUAUAUAGCUGAUUUGUUAAGUUCAAAUAUUAGUGCUGGCGCAAUUCAUCACAAAUCAACGAAUCUUAUUUAUGUUUCUGUGCCAUUGUAUUACAGAAUUAUCAGGUGGUGCGAGCGUGCUCGUGAAAAAACUUGGAAAAAAUAUGGCGGGCAGUUUAUGACUUCAAAUCAAAACAAACGUGUUUACCCAUUGCACGGUUUACUUGGUUAUAAAGUUCUAAUUGAUGGUUUCAAUAAUACAUUUGAAACUCCGGAAGAGCAGCUUCGUCACGUCCGAAAGAGCGCAGCGUUAAAAUCCAAUGAAUCCGAUCGCUAUCUUGGCUUUAGUGCAGAGGAACGACAGAAAAUUUUUGAAACAAAGCUGAUUGUCCAAGAUAUCGCUUUGAGUGAACGAAAACGUGCCAAGCAGAUCGCAGCGGAAAAUCUACGACAUACUCGACGUCCACCCGUGCUCCUAUCAUCGCCUCGAAAAUCGAUCUAUCCAAACAAACAACAACCUUCGAUUAUAUCUGAUAGCAUCUAUUCUUCAUCCUCUUCGUCAAACAAUCAGAAACAGUCGAACAUCACUGUACCAGAAUUGAGACGAUUUGAGUCUUUUCCCGAAAACGACAAUACUUCAACUAAUGACUUCACAUCGUCAGUACUCUUCAACGCACCAACAAGAAUUCAACGCAUAGAAGAUGAACGAAAAUCAGCACUGAAAAGCUUUCCUUCGAUACCAGCGAUCGUCAUCAAUGAGGAAAAAACAACAACUUUACCUCCUAUUACUCCUCCGUUAUUGAAAGCUUCGAUAAGUUGUCCGUCAUUAGCAAAGAAAUCCGAAUCAAUACGCACUAUGAAUAAACCAGACGACCACCCAGUCAGCAUGUCAUCAGCUGAUGCCUAUGGAAUAGCAUCGUUACGUAUCAAUCAAGAAUUUCACCAGGGUCUCGAAACAAAACGGCAACAAUUAUAUUCACGAAUCAAACAAUCUGUCGAUGACAUACCAAAUGUUUAUCCACAAAAAUCAACAAAUCGGCUCUCUGUGCCGAAGCCCAUCGAACGACAAUCGAUCGAUAUCGAUACCUAUAUUCCUUUACCCGAUCAACCAUCAUUACAACGUUUGAAUCCAAUUAAAUCCCACAUAGAUGUAAAUAUUCGACAAUCAACUGUGCAACCCUACGAACGCUAUGCGAGUGCAUCGACACGAUCAACUGCGGUACAUUGUUUAGAAGAAGCUGCUUAUUUCAAAAGAAAAUCAUGGCUUAAGCAAGUCGAAAUUAGCAAAGAAAUGGUUAAAAAUCAAGUUAAAAGACGAAUACGUCGUGCUGAUAAAGGAAAAGUUAAGUUAAUACCUAUUCGCACGAUCUCAAAGCCAACCACAUCGGAUUAA